AAUAAAUGGAGAGUACAACCAGUCAGAUGGAUACAGACUACUCUAAAGCUAUAGAAAGAGAGAAAUUGAUUUUGACCAAAGAUAAUAUUAUUUCCAAAAUACUCAGUAAAAGCCAUUACUUCAACUGUUUUUCAUACGAAUUGGACUGUGAGGAUUCUGAUGAUAGCAGAAAUAAUGAAGACUACGAUCCAUACCUUGAGUUAGAUUUUCAGUCAUCACACGAUCGGAAUUAUGGAAAGAAAAAUAAUUUUCUAAGUUCAUUUAGUGUCGAUUUAUUAGACUUCUCAUUUCCUCAGAAGAUGAAAGCAUUAAGCAUUAAUUCUCACAGAGAUACUUCUUUAAAAAUCCCUGAUACUUUCAAUACUAUCAUUCGGCUCAGCUCGAGGGUACUAAGGGAAAUAUGGGUUUCCAAUUUCUGAAUCAGUGCUCCCCAGUUUAAAAGAUUGAUGGUAGCAUAUAAACAUGUUCAUUCUAUACUCCUAGACUGUUGCAAAAUUUCAGUUCCUGCAGUCUUUGACUUUUCUAAGUUGCUGAAAAAUACCCACAUCGAGAAGCUUGAUUUUGCUUGAGUAGGAGAACCUGAGUAUUCUGACUGGGAGGGUAAUCCCCAAGAGUUUAUCAAUCUAAUCCAGGGACUAGCCACAUCUCUAGAUUUGAAGCUAAGUCUUAGAAAAAUAAUAGCAACCGGUUGUGGAGUUGAGAUGAAGAAAGUGAGAAAAAUUCUCCACCAAAAUGGAUUUUAUAAUGUCAAACUAAGAAAUGAAACUUUUGGAUAA